AUGAAUGCAGUCGACAAGCGAAAGAACAUGGCGAUCCUCGAACGAAUGCAGAAUAAACUCGACUUUAGCAGCUCCAGCGCCAAGCCGAGCUUCGACAUUGUUCCCAAGCCCCCGAUCGUAUUCACCGACUACGAGAUCGGUGGCAUUUACGAGCAAGUCGUGUAUGUCCGCAACACUGGCGUUUUAUCUCGCUGUGCUCGAAUUCUUCCGCCUGGCACGAUAUUCUUCUCCAUGGCCAGUGUAGCUUUCCCAGCAGAGCGUGGCAUGGUCGCUCCUGGUAUGCACAUAGAGCUGCGUAUACGCUUCGCCCCCGACUCUCGCGGUGACUACAAGGACAGCUUUACUGUGCAGUACGAAACAAAACAGUCGGUCGCUCGGGGGUCAACAGGAACGCCAGGAUCUGCUGGCUCAGCGCAGAUAAUUGUCCCUCUCAUGGGACGUCGCGAGCCUCCUGAGCUGACGUUGCCUCUGGUGGUUCGUGCUCACAACACGUUCGUCGGUGGGUGCUCACUCACGUCGCUCGUGUGCAAAAAUCUAGGCGGGAAAGGACGAUUCUGGCUCAUGACUGAGUCCACGUGGUCUCGACUGGAACAUCUUCAGGUGGCAAGUGAAAUAAACCCGACGCGUUCUGCGGUUGAGAUGCUCGGUGGCGAGUUCGAUCUUGGAGCUUCAAUGGACGUUGGGCCCUUUCGACUGUCACCUAACGACAUUGAACUGGAAAAGGGCGAAAGUACGAGUCUGGAUCUCGUGUAUUCUCCGUGUAGAGUCGGUGAGCAACGCGAGCGCUUCGUUAUGGUCUGUGAUAACUGCCUGGUGCGAGUAUUCCAGAUCGUGGGACGUGGCUGUCAGGUGGAGGUAGGAGCCACACACGUAAACGAUAUGCCUAUCGACACGACUACUGCGGAAAUGGGUGCACUGGAUCGACUGUUCUUCCCGGACGAGGUGCUCGUGAACGCUCGAGCUCAACAGACCAUCGUCCUUGCGAAUGAUACUCCUAUCGACGUCAAGUAUUGCUGGAGGAUUGAGCCUUUAAAUGAGGAACUGGCAGCUGACGACAGCAAGGAAAAGGCCAUGAAAGUGCCUCAUUCAGAGUGGACUCCGCCGUAUCGUAUCACUCCAGAAAGCGGUGUGUUCGCGCUGUCGUCGUCGAAGGAGUUUCGAGUCGAGUUUUUACCUGUUGAAGCUCGUGCUUAUGCGUGUCAGGCGACUCUUCUGAUCAACGAUAUCCCGGCGUGUAGCAUGCCUGGACCGGGUCAGAUGGCGCAUCUCAAGGCUGCGUUCCUGACACAAGAUGAUCCUUCACAGAGUCCACGAGAUGCAGCCGAAGCAGCAGCAAGAAAACUCACAGAUGAAGUGCCAGGGCUCUCCAUCCAGCUACAUGGACGCGGGAGACUUGGCAGCUUCACGAUCACCCCACCUCUCAAUGAUUCAUGGAUUCCUCUCGAAGAAGAUAGCGUACAACUGGCUGGGGAUACUGGACGGGAAUCCGAGCAAUUGUUACAGCAGGACAUAAAGUACUCGACUACUGUAGUGCUUCAGAACCAGAACGACGUGCCCAUUACUUUCUGCUGGGACCUCGAGCGGUUAGAACAACUCCACGUGGCUGCGAGUGCUGCAUCGACGAUGCUAUCGGCAACUACAGACAACCCUCCCAGUUUCGACUUAGCUUUAAGUCCACAAACCGGUGAGCUGGGGCCUUUGGGACAGCAACGUAUCGACCUAACCUUCACGCCUCUUUGCACGGGGUCCUUCUCCCUCCGCCUCCCUUGCCGAAUCGUAACUCCGAAUGACGCCAACUGUCCCGAAGCGCCACGGUUUGAGCGCUGGCUGCGUCUCGAAGGUUGUGUAGCUAGCGCAGAGAUUGAAAUUGUCACGUCGAAGAUUGACUUUGGGUUUGUACUUGUUGGAGCGAGUGCCGAGGCUUCUAUCACGAUCCGGAACCCGUCUCGUAUUGUUACAACACAAUGGAGAUUUCUACGCUUAGAAGAUGCUGCUACAAGUGACUCAAAGGAAUCUGUCGUCUCGAGUUCUGGCAACGAGACUGACCGCAGUAGCGUUGUCACUUCGCGUGCUACUAUUGCAUUUGCACCUGAGAAUGGACAGCUGGCACCUGGCGAGUCCUUCACUGUCAAGGCUACAUGCAUGGCUGGGUCCCAUCCCGAGUAUUUCCGCGGUUUUUUCACGUGCCAAGCAGCUCCCGAGCAGAAAUUCGGCGGCUCUACUACGCAAGGCGCGUGUGCUGCAGUGCCUGCACGUGCGGAGAUUCAGUGUCCAAACGUGUCCCUGUCAACGACACGGUUGCCACUGGGAACAACGUACAUGGACGUGGAGAUCCACCGAAAUAUUGAGCUCGUCAAUGACUCCAACCUUGAGACAACAUUCAAAUUCGUGGAACCUGAAGGCACCUCUCGAGCCUCCACGAUCACAUUUGCGCCUCAACAGGGCACAAUCCACUCGAAAGAGCGACUUGUGGUGACGUUGAACUAUAUGCCAAGACAACUCGGUCGCUUCACAACUUCUCUGGCGUGUAGUGUACGUGGCUUGCCAGCUCCAUUGUGCUUCGAAGUUACCAGCAACCACAAAGGCCUCGUACUCUCCUACGACCUGGUCCAAGCUCCGACUCCGAAGCAAUCUGCAGUUGAAAGACGAACGAUCGAAGCUUCCACUUUGAUGUUGCCGAAAUCUCCCAAGGAAAUUGCCAUGGAGCGUGGGAUUCCUCUCUCGGACUGCGACUUGGAACCCGAGACGAACCCUUUGAGUAGUGUCCCCAAGCUUGCCUUUGGCAGUUUACCUAUUGGCGAGAGACGAGAACUGUGUCUUCUGAUUCGAAACUUCAGCGGCAUCGAGGCGCUUGUAGACCUGGAAGCCAAGAAGUUCCCAGCAGCAGCAGCACCAUCGAGCGUGACAACCUUAUCACGACAAGAAAGUGCCGAGUUCAAUUCGUCUUCUCCAACGGCGUCUCCAAGUCACAGCAAGCGGAGACACAAACUGGCUCUGUCCAAGACAGUAAACUCCCCAAAGACGAGCGACAAACUGACCAAGUCUCGUCUUUCGGAUGCCAAAGACCAGGACAAUCGAUACCAAUCCGACAAUGGACGCGCGUAUCUCCGUCAAGGCGAAGACCGACAGAUAUUACGUGACGGUCGUGGAGUGGCGUUCCACCUCUCUCCAGCUCGCGUUCACAUUCUCCCGUGGGAGCAAGUGCUGGUGCGUGUCACUUGCUUUAGCAACAUGCCUGGCACGUAUGUCGACGACAUUGUAAGUCGAGCAGCGGGGGCUCCUCCUGUACUCUUACAUGCCAGCGUGCGGGUAGUAGGAACUCCCCUCGCUCUAGACCGCAACUGCGUGGGCUUGUAUGCUGGCAAACCUGUACCGGAGGGACGAACGCACGUCCUUCUUCAACAGCCGACGCUGAAUUUUGGUGACGUCUGUGUGCGUUCUCCGAUGAUCACCAGGACUUUACGCGUGGAGAACCGUGGCCCGCAACGAGCUCGUCUCAAGUGGAAGUUGGUGGAGAAUGGACGUGAAGACCAACUGGUUACUGUAACUCUGCGUGUGGACUUUGGGUCACGGUUGCAGCUACGGAUCACGCCUUGUGACGACAGCAGUAGUCAAGCUGUACUUCCGUUUGCAGUCGAGCCCCAGUCAGCGAUGGUGCCACCGUUUAGUACGACGUCGUUCCGGAUUACUUUUGAUCCCCCGAAAGAUUGUGUAGGAGCACCGAGAGUUCUGUUGCUAGCAGAUGCGCAUUGGUACGACACCAGUGUUGAGGUACAGCAUUCAGAAAGCAGUACCAUGUCCACUUCAGGAGUGGAAGAAGUUGAUCCCCGACAAGAAGAUUCGAGUCCCGGUACACACAACAACAGUCCGACACAUGCUGCAGGCAAAGCGUUUGCAGCUGUGCGCAUGGCCAACGCGAUGGCUCGGAAACCAGGUCCAGUGAUCGAGAGUAGUCCAGCCUCUUUUAUCAGUCCCAAGUGUCUUCGUGUGCUUCUUUCAGCCGACGUUAUCGAGCCUGAACUAUUCAUUGACAAGCCGCGAGAGCAUCUCCAACCACCGCCGCCUCUGUCAGGAAGGAAUACGGCACGGAAAAGCAGCUCAGCGCCGACAGUUUCCCUUCCGAAGCUUCUUGCUCCGUAUCAUAUCAAGUUCACGACAUGGUCCACACUCAUGACCACAUCGGCAGCACAGCAUCUCUUCCAUCGACGUGAGCUCUUCUUAGUGAACCGAUUGGGGUCCAGAGUGACGUUCCGACUGGAAUGCGAAGGCCCAUUUGCCGUCGCACACGCCGAUUCCUUAGCACCACGCCACCCUCUGUCCGUGGCUGAUCUCCCGGCAGCACAUCGACGACCUUCAGCUCAAGGCGAGUCCUACAUGUUCGUGUUGCCGCCACAGAUGUCCGUGCGUAUCGAUCUCCGAUUCUUACCGUCCGCGUCAUUGAUGACGGAUUCUUCCACGUCCUCAACAUUGAAAUCCAACUCCAAACUCGUUCAGCAGCAACCUUUACACGCUCGAGUCGACGGCGAAUUGCGUGUCAAAUUUGCAACGAAAUCGGUGCAAACUAUUCGCCUCGCUGCGGUUGUCUUACGCCCUGCCAUUGUGGUGUCUCCGUCGGUGUUUUUCUUCGGUCGAGUGCAUCUCUCAGCCUCCCGUUCCAUUAUCCUACGCCUUGCAAACCCAACAGUUGUCCCAGCACUCUUCUCCAUCCAACACGUGCCAAGACCCAAGCCAAUCUCUCGAGCCCAACAACAAGAGAUGCGUCAACACCACGCACACCUGACCGAUGAGCCUGGAGUCUUCACCUUCGCACAGCUGUCGGGUGAGCUCCAAGGCCCCACCACGACGCUCAAGUCGGCGGGGGGAUAUCUCUCGACCACCGACUCGAUCAGAGACCUGCUGGCAGGCGCAACCACCACCCACCCACUCGUGCACGCUCCUCUGGAGCUUCAAGUCGAGUUUCACCCGCGACAAAGUGGUAAACGAUACAAAAGCCGCUUCCGCUUCAACGUCCAACACGGUCGAGACUUUGAAGUGGUUCUGGAAGGCGUCGGCCACUUGGAUGAAGUCGACAAUCCUCGCGAUGGAGAGCGACCGCUAGUGCGUGUACGGGAACUGGAACACACGCACCAAAUCUUCCGUGGGACCUACACGAACUCCAUGUAG